AUGGUGUUUACAAGGGCUACAUCGAAAUGGUUCAUCCUGAAGAAGCGCUCAGAGAGUGCUCAAGACGAUCAACUGAUCAAGAUGUACCCUCCUAAGCGGAAGCAUUCUGAAGAUCCUGUUACUACUGUCUUUCACGAAUGUCCAAUUGAGUCGGACGACGAGAUGAAGUGUGUGGAAGAUGAGGCAUAUGUUCCUCAUACGGGCAAACCAGAAUCGGAGACCGCUACUGGAGGCCUCCCUAAGAAGGUCCCUGAGGAUCCCCCUUUGGAGAAAGAAAACCCCAAGGUUUUGUCUGUUGCGGCUCUGUUUCAACAAAAACUCUCUGGGUCCGGACUUGGUCACUUUAUGGAAUCAACCACCAACUCCUUGUUCCUAUUCUCAUUUCAUCUGAUACCACAACUGGGAAUGAAGAACCUUUAG